CGGGGUCGGAUGCGGACACCCCGAUACGAUCGAUCCGUUUCCAGGCCUACCCACGCCCAACAAGACUUGAGCACCCUUCUCUCUCCCCUGGGGCCCGUCUUUUCUUCUUCAAAGGUGUGGAAGUGGGUUUCCUUGCGCGUCGGAAUUAAUCUGCCGUUCACUGCCCCCUUCUCUCUCGCGUCCUUCGAACGAGAAACCCUUCUCUUCCCUCCCGUCCCGAUCUCCUCCUCCAGCCUCCGAAACCCUAAAAUCCUCCGCGGAUUGACCGCGCACCCAGGCCAUCCGACCGGAUCCUCGUCAAGUUGUGCGGCUCUGGAAUGCUAAUCGAAGACGAUUGAGCGCGGAGAUCGAAGGCUUAAUGGACGAUCCGAGCUCCGCUGACAUAUCGAAUGACAUUGUAAUAGAAGUACCAGUAGAUGAGCAUGACAUAUCGAAUGACAUUGUAAUAGAAGUACCAGUAGAUGAUGGUGAUGAUGAUGGUGGUACUGAGGUGACUGGAAAGCCACCUGAAGAUGGAGAACCAUUGAAGGGCAUACCGAGUGACUGUGGUAAAGACUCAUCUGAGAACAAAGAAGUAAUCAUUGCUGAGGAUAACACUGAUGAUAAUGAGAAAGAGGUGCAAAUUGAGCUUGAUGAGGAUAGUAAAGUAGUCCAAGGGGAUGAUUUAACACCUAGGCUGGGGAUGACCUUUAAAACUAGAGAGGAAGUUUGCAACUUCUAUAAAGCAUAUGCUAUGGCUGUUGGCUUUGGAGUAGCUGUGCAGAAGACAUCAUUUGCAACAUCUGGACAGUGUAGGCGGGUAAUUAUUGCUUGCUCUAAGGUGGGCAAGGGCAAAACCGAUGCUUGCUAUAAAGCCAGACAGUCGGCAAAAACAGAUUGUCAGGCUAAGAUUGUGGCAAAAGCUGCAGGGGAUGGGUUACUUCAUCUGGUGGAAGUUAAUAACGAACACAACCAUCCAGUUAACCCGUCAACAGCACGGUUCCUGAACUGUUAUAAGAAGAUGGCUGGCUCAAGGAAACAGGAAUCUGUCGGACAAUCUAAUGGACAGGGGAGUUCUCGACCUGAUGAGAUUGAAUGUGAGGACUCUACUAAAAUAGGGCGAUUGAAGCUUGCUAAAGGAGAUGACGAGGCUGUUUAUCAAUUCUUUGCAAAUAUGCAGAAUAAAGAUCCAAACUUCUUUUAUUUGGUUGAUUUGAAUGAUCAUGGUUGCUUGAGAAGUUUGUUCUGGGCUGAUGGUAGGUGUAGGACAGCAUAUCAGUAUUUUGGCGAUGUGGUGUCCGUCGAUACGACCUUAUUGACUGAAAAAUAUGAUUUGCCUCUCGUUUUAUUUGUGGGUAUGAACCAUCACGGCCAGUUAGUGUUGUUGGGAUGUAGUUUGAUCUCUAAUGAAACAGUCCAGACUUAUACUUGGUUAUUUAAGGCAUUCCAAACAUGUAUGUUAGGGAUCUGUCCAAAUUCUAUUGUUACUGACUAUUCCAAGGCCAUUCAAGGUGCUGUUCUGGAUGUAUUUUCAGGAGCUAGACAUCGGUUGUGUUUGUCCAGUAUCAUGAAAAAAGUUCCAGGGAAACUGAAAGGACAUCCUGAUUUCAAAGCAAUUAAAAGGGCACUGAAGAAAGCAGCAUUUGAUUCCUUGAAGGUUGAUGAGUUUGAAAAAUGUUGGAUGAAAAUGAUUGUGGAUCAUGGGCUUGAAAACAAUGACUGGCUUGCUUCAUUAUAUGAGAACAGGCAUAUGUGGGUGCCAGCUUUUCUUAAGAACACGUUCUGGGCUGGAAUGUCUGUCUCCCAACGUGGUGAGACUAUAAGUACCUAUCUUAAUGGGCAUGUCUAUCCAAAGACUUCUCUGAAGCAAUUUUUCAGCAAAUAUGAUAUGAUAUUGCAAAGCAAAUACAAAAAGGAAGCAGAAGCAGAUUCAGAGUCUCACAAGACUCCGCUUCUGAUUUCAAAAUUUUACAUGGAAGAACAGCUAUCAAAACUGUACACUUUUAAUAUGUUCAAAAAGUUCCAGGAGGAGCUGAAAGCUACUAUGUAUUGUGAUGUUUUGCUAAUCCAGAUGGAUGGGCCACUUAUUAACUUCCAAGUCAAAGAGUGUUCAUUUAUUGAAGAUGGUAAAGCAACAGAAAAUAAGGAUCAUGAGGUUCUUUACAAUACAGACAAACAUGAGAUUCAAUGUAUUUGUGGUUCUUUUGAGUUCUGUGGCAUCCUAUGUAGGCAUGCUUUGUCCAUAUUUAAGUUUCAGCAGAUCUUUGAGAUUCCAUCUCAUUACAUUCUUGGUCGCUGGAAAAAAGAUUACAAGCGAUUGCAUGCUGUUGACCGUUCCUUGAAUGAUAUGCAAGUUGAUAAUGUUGUGGAGCGCUACGAUUAUCUAACUAUGCGAUGCCUUCAUCUUGCUGAGUUGGGAUUCAUAUCAGAUGAUAGGUACCAAGUCGCUUUAAAGUUACUAAAAGAGGUGGAGAAAUCUCUUUUAGAUGAUGGUAUAUGCAGAGAUAGGCAACCCAGGCUUCUCUCUUUUGGAAUGAAUUCCAAUGAAAAUGUUCAAAAUCUUUUGUUAGCACAGCUCGGAACAUCUGGGGGUAACAAGAAUUCCAAUUCUUUGCAAGUCAAACGCAGAGGUCGGCCACCGAAAAAGGCAAAAGAGCCUAAUAUGGAAAUGUUAGCUCGGCCGAAUAAGGAACAGGAUUUUCUGAGAUCAUCAUUGGUCGGCAAUGAAGGCAAUAUACUUCAUUCUAAUCCAACUCCUUCUCAUCUUAAUACACAGAGGAUUGAUCUAAUGGAAGAUAUCACCACAGAUGACUUGUCAUUUGGUAGUCACUUUGGCAUGCAUGUAAAUCAUCACAUUGGCAAUCAGCCAAGGACGCAAACACAUAAUUUGUUGCAGGAUCAGUAUGACCAUCAAACAAUUGGGAAUCCAAGGAUGCAGUGGAUUUAUCAACAAAUCUUACAAGAUGAUCAAAUACCGAAAGCACCUUCCGGUCGAAGGACUGGGUAGAGAUAGAGGAGCUACAGAAGAGCCUUGGGUUGAAGGCUGACAGUCAGAUUGAAAUGGCGCGGCAAUUGACAAUAGUGAUUACAUAAAACCAUCAAAUCUCUGACAUCGCUGGAAUAUAUGGCUUCUUUCUCUGUUAGUGAUUGCCAUGGUUGACACAUUGAAGUCCAGCUUGAGGGAUCUCAUAUUAUCCCAGCACUUUAUGGUCAGAAGAAGAUGUAGUUGGAGGCUGAUAUCUAGAACUAGAAUGGUGGAUAUCGUGAAGCUGUGCAAGCAUUUCCACCUAUGAACUUAGUUUAUGCAACCUCCCCUUGUAUUUUCCUAACUAGUUAGGAAACCAUGAUGCUAUCUUCUUGUAUAACGUUGUUUAUGUGUUUUUUGUUAGAAAUGGUUGUCACUAAUGUACAUAUCAAGAAUUUACAAGAGCAUAGUCUGAUGAUGUUGAUAUCCA